GUUAUUCCGAUUCAACACAAAACCUACUCCCGAUCUCGGCGACGCUCUGACCUCUCACCCGUCGACUUCUUUCUCAUCCAUCGACGGCCGGCUCUUACAGUUUUCACAGGAAGCCAAGCCAAAGCCAAGCCAAGCGGACUACUCUAUGUGUUAGUACUUUUUGCUGGGAAGGAGCAGACCCAGGUCUUAUUCUCCGUAAUGUCUUCAAAAAGAGUUAUAGCCAUUUGUCAGUCUGGUGGUGAGUUCAAGACAGAUGAAUCUGGGUAUUUGUCUUAUGAAGGUGGGGAUGCCUAUGCAGUGGAUGUUGAUCAGGAAAUGAAACUACGUGAUUUCAAGAAGGAACUGGCCGAUACAUUUAACUGCUCGGUGGACACUAUAUCUUUGAAGUACUUUCUUCCUGGAAACAAGAAGACUCUUAUAACAAUCUCCAAAGACAAGGAUCUUAAACGCAUGGUAGACUUCUGUCAGAACUCUGACCAAGUCGAUGUCUUUGUCGAGAUGACAGAGGAACGAGCUAUGCCAAGAUUAUUAUUAAACACGCCUUCCAGUAGGAUGAACAUGGCUAUCGUUCAAGAAGAUGUCACUAUGGUGACCCCUCUUAAUAGAAUGGAUGGGGUUGCUCCAAUUGGUAUGAUCCAAUCAACCGAAACAGCACCAAGUGAAGUGACACCCGCCGUGGACAUUGACAGCCGUUCCAAGGUUACUGUACAAUGGGAAAAUGCAAUUACGGGUUUGAAUCAAAGGUUUAAUAGUUUCAGUGAAUUCCGUGAAGCUCUUCAUAAGUACUCUAUUGCUCAUGGAUUUGCUUAUAAGUAUAAGAAAAACGACAGUCAUUGCAUAAGUGUUAAAUGUAGAUCAGAAGGUUGUCCUUGGAGGAUAUAUGUUUCUCGUUUAGCCUCCACCCAUUUAGUAUGCAUAAAAAGGAUGACUCCAGAUCAUACAUGUCAAGGCUCUGGUGUGAAAGCUCGUUGUUGGGGAUCUAAAGGCUUGGUUGGAAAUAUAAUCAAGGAGAAAGUGAAAAUCUCUCCUCAUUGCAAGAUAAAGGAUAUUGCCCAAGAAAUCGAAAAGGAAUAUGGGAUUCAACUGAAUUACUCUCAGGCUAGACGGGCAAAAAUGAUGGCUAAACAGGAGCUUCAGGGUACUCACGAGGAAGCGUAUAAUCAGCUUCCCCACCUUUGUGAAAUGAUGUUGGAAACUAAUCCAGGUAGCGUAGCCACAGUGAUUACAAAAGAGGAUACUAGCUUCCAUCGAAUGUUUGUUUCCUUUCAAGCCUCGAUCUCAGGUUUCAUAAAAGGCUGUCGCCCUCUCCUCUUUCUCGAUGUUAUUCCCUUAUACUCGAAAUACCAAGGAGUUUUGUUAGUUGCGUUCACUGUAGAUGGAAACGACGGUGUUUUCCCAGUUGCAUUCGCGGUUGUAGAUAUCGAUGAUGAGGAUAAUUGGCGAUGGUUCCUUCUUGAGCUGAAAUCCGCCUUGUCUGAAUCUUCACCGAUCACUUUUGUCUCUGAUUUUCGAAAGGGUUUGAAGGAAUCAAUAAGCGAGAUAUUCGAGAACGGCCACCACGGGUAUUGUUUACGUCAUCUCGCCGAAAAACUGAACGAAGAUAUGAAGGGACUGUCGCAUGAAGCUAGACGGAUUAUGGUUCAAGAUCUCUACGCGGCCGCUUACGCUCCGAAAGUCGAGGAUUUCCAGUGUUGUACGGAUAAUAUUAAGGCGAUAUCGAGCGAGGCCUAUAAUUGGGUAAUACAAAGCGAACUCAACCACUGGGCGAACGCGUUCUUCGCAGGGGCGCGUUAUAACUACUUGACGUCGGAUUUCAGCAAACUGAUUUACAAUUGGGUUUCCGAAGCCCAUGAUUUUCCUAUAACUCAGUUGAUUGAUACUAUAAGAGCAAAAAUGAUGGAUUUGAUUUACACGCGUAGAACUGAGUCUAGUCAGUGGGUAAUGGCGGUUAGUCCGUCUGCAGACGAAAAGGUGAGAGGCGAGAUUUUGAAGGCUCGUUCGCUUCAGGUAAUGCUUUCGAAUGGCGAUAAAUAUGAAGUUCACGGUCAGUGUGUUGAUGUGGUGGAUAUAAGUCGCUGGGAUUGUAGUUGUAAGGGAUGGCAGCUAACUGGCAUACCUUGUAGUCAUGCUAUUGCUGUUCUUGAGUUUCUUGGUAAGAGUCCCUAUGAUUAUUGCCUGGGAUACUUCUCGGUUGAGAAUUAUAACCUUACUUAUGCUGAGCCAAUUCAUCCUGUCCCUACACUGGAAAGAUCUGAACAGAAUAAUGAAAAUGCACUUAUUGUUAUUCCACCGACAAAACGCCCUCCUGGGAAACGUAAAAUGAAGCAGCCCGGUUCUCUGGAGUUUAUUAAGAGACAACUUCAGUGCAGCAAGUGUAAGGGCCUUGGUCACAACAAGAAAACUUGCAGGUAA